AUGUGUACUAGUACAAAAGCGUGCCAAAGGCUCUUGGAUUUCUUUCAGGGAAUGAUUAUACCAGAUCCCAGUACUGCUGCGAUAUACUCCUACUGCAAACUCACACUUCAUCUCUCAUUGAUUUCUUUUACUCCAUUGCUUAUCAAUACAGCCCCUCCAAACACAGAUUCUCCAAGUGGGCGUCUUUCUGGUGUUGAGGCUCCUGCAGCCAAAGCCUUAUUAAAAGAGCAGCGCAAGGCUAAACAAUCCACGGUUGAUCCCAGCCGGACGACACAAGUUACCUCAACAACCACAUCUAGCUUUGAUAUGUUCGCUGAUGAGGUAGAGCUAGGGCAGCAUGUGGCACCGGGAACGAUGGCUCUAGGUGCAAUGGCCUCGGAGAACCACUCGUUGGCCGAUAACUGGGAUGAUGCCGAAGGCUAUUAUCGCGUUCGCAUAGGCGAAGUUCUGGACAAACGUUACGCGGUUUACGGAUACACUGGUCACGGAAUGUUUUCCAAUGUAGUGCGAGCUCGGGAUAGCGCCCGUGGUAAUUUGGAGGUGGCGAUUAAGAUUAUACGGAAUAAUGAAGUCAUGCACAAAUCAGGUUUAAAGGAGUUAGAGGUGCUGAAAAAGCUGAACGAUGCUGACCCACAAGAUCGAUAUCAUUGUCUGCGACUGUAUCGGCAUUUCUUCCACAAAAACCAUCUAUGUAUGGUUUUCGAGUCAAUGAGCUUGAACCUACGUGAGGUGCUGAAAAAGUACGGUCGCAACAUUGGUCUGCACAUUGCUGCGGUGCGAUCGUAUACACAACAAAUCCUAUUGGCCUUGAAAUUGAUGCGCAAAUGCGGUAUCCUGCAUGCCGAUAUCAAACCGGACAAUAUUCUAGUCAAUGAGAGCAAAAUUUUGCUCAAGCUAUCUGAUUUCGGCUCGGCCUCAAACAUACAAGAUAACGAAAUCACUCCGUACUUGGUCUCACGAUUUUAUCGGGCUCCAGAAAUCAUACUGGGUAUUCCGUACGACUACAAUUUGGAUCUGUGGUCCGCUGCCGUCACCCUGUUCGAACUUCAUACCGGUCGCAUUCUUUUCCCGGGCAAAACAAACAAUGAGAUGCUCCGAUUAAUGNCACAGCAUUUUGAUGAACAAUGCAACUUCCUCUAUCACGAGGUGGAUAAAGUGACUCAAAAGGUGAGUCAUUUAGUGAUUUAA